AAGCGCAGAGGAGACGCCGCGGAGACGGGAGGAGGCAGGAAAACAGUUAGGAAAGAAAAAUACCGACAUGGACUCAAACAGCCUCUUUGGGUUAUGUGUGAAGCUGUUCCCUGGUGCCAGGCUGUAGUCUUCCUCCUCUGCCACACAGCUGCUCUGUCUGACAACCUGGGGUUAAUAAUGUUAGGGAAUAGAGGAAGUCUUCAGAAUUCCUGCUUCUAAAAUUUGCUCUGCCGUUAGGAUUCAGGGACAGUCCUAAAACAUCGGAAAAUAAAAUUAAGGACGGUGCUCAUGUAACCGAGGAGCGCCUUUUGUAACUCCUCGUGCGCUCCAGCAUCAGGCCACGUUCAAAGUUUUUUUUCCCUUUUUCAUAAGAAGGGGAGAUUUUGCUGCAUUGAAUUCCUUAGGACGGGAUGUCAUCCGCAGUCGGGAGGAAUCUCUCUGGUUGAGUGAACCUCCGGCUGCAGUGUAGCGGGUUCCUGACGGAGAGAAGAUGGGAGAUGCGGCAGACGACAGAGGGAUGAGACGGACCUUCAUUGUCCCUGCCAUCAAGAGCUUCGAUCACUACGACUUCACCAGGGCCAAGAUUUCAUGCAGCCUGACGUGGCUGGUGGCCAAGGCUUUCGGCUCGGAUGAGGUACCAGAAGAGCUGGCCGAGCCUUUCUACAGGGACCAGUACAACCAGGAGCACCUGAAGCCACCGGUGGCCUGCCUGCUUCAGUCUGCAGAGCUCUACUGCCGGGCAGGAAGCCUGAUCCUCCGCAGCGAUGCUGUCAAACCUUUACUGGGACACAACGCUGUCAUCCAGGCUCUGGCUCAGAAGGGCUUGUAUGUCACCGACCAGGACCGACUGGUCACGGAGAGAGACCUGACCAGCACACCUAUACACAUGAGUUCCCAUCUGGCACUCAUAGAUACCCUGAUGAUGGCAUACACAGUGGAGAUGGUGAGUGUGGAGAGGGUGAUGUCCUGCAUCAACAGAUACUUCUCUACUGAACCCUCACACAGUGACGGACACAUCCAGGAGCUACCUUAUGACACAGAGGAUGCAGUCACCACCUGGAUCAACAAGGUGAAUGAACACCUAAGGGACAUCCUUGUAGAGGAACAGAAGCUGAGAGAGGUUUCCUUUCAGGACUCUCACACAACACACAAAGCUCGCUAUAGGAGGGAGCAUGCCCAGCAGAGGAGCACUCCAUCCCUCCCGCUGGUGGAGAACCUGCUGAAGGACAACACAGAUGGCUGCGCCCUCACCGCCCUGCUGCACUUCUACUGCUCACAGGCCAUCAGACUGGAAGGUGGGGUCAGUCUCCUGGAGGACAUGCUCUACGCACAUGCAUCCAUAAAGAGUAACUACCUGGUGUUUAUGGCUGAGCUUUUCUGGUGGUUUGAAGUGGUUAAGCCCUCAUUUGUACAGCCCAGAGUCUUCAACCCAAACGUCUGUGAGCUUGUGUCCUGUAGAAAUAUGGCUGCUUUUCCCAGUCCCGUCAAACAAAACUAUGCAGACAGACCUGACAGCCCAGAGAAUAUCCCUGCUGAAGCAGGCAUAAUUAAGAGAUCUACCUCCAUGUCCUAUGUAGAUGGUUGUGUUGGAACGUGGCCCAAAGAAAAACGCUCCUCCUCUCAGGGGAUCUCCUUUGAGAUUCCUCUGGAGGGAGACCAAAUGGUGCCACCCUGUGAAGCCCCAUCCCUCCGUGGUAUGACCCGCUCUGCCAGCAGUGACGGUCUUGGGUUCAAAGUUCACUAUGCAUCUCGAGGAGGCAUGAAGCGCCACCUCUCCCUCAUGCCCACCAGAGUAAAUGGCCAGGGCAGACACAUACCAGAGGAGGCCGAGGGCUUCACCCCACACAAACCCCUGGGGCGGAACAACACAUUCUCCAUCAAGAACCAAAGCAGGUGCUCCAAUGGAGUCCUCCCGGACAGCAACCACAGCUCCAACAAUCACCAUUGCAAUCACAGUGGCCCCAUCAGCCCGUCAACCCCUCCAAGCAUUGAGGAGGCCCUGAAGAUUAUCCAUGACACAGAAAGGCCAAACGCAAGCCUGGGCAUGGGCGACGGAGACAGUGGCUUCUUUCUCCAUGGUGCGCAGCCGUCAGAUCCUCCAGGGGUCCAAGGUCAAGGCGACGACCUAGGUUCAACUAAGGGUCAGCUGAAUGACCACGACCCCACCUCCGUGUCCACUGAUGAAGUUGACACUGGCAUCCAAGUGAGGACUGAGGACAUCCAGAGCUUGGAUGAGGACUCCUCUUCUCUUAGAGACUAUUCAGAUAUGGACCCAGACUGUGAGGCCAUGACCAGGUCAUGCCCUCUGCCUGACCGUCCAGAGAAGGGGGAAAACAGGGAAGGAGGACACAAAGGGGUCGGUGACACUAACCUUCAAUGUGAGAGGGGAGAUGGAGGUGACAGGAGCAGUCCCUAUCCCAGUUCAGCACCCACACUCCACAGAUCUCACACUGUCAGCCCCGUCUCAUCCUCUGGUGGCUCUGGAGGAGGCAUGGUGCGGAUGACAAGCUUUGCAGAGCAGAAGUUCAGGAAAUUAGAGGGGAAGAGUAGUGGAGGAACCACACCAGAGAGUUCAGACCUCAGCGUGCCAUAUGCACACCCCAGAAAUACCACUUCUCAGAUCUCUUCACCUCCUUUGCCAAUCACAUCUCCAACUCCUGCAGUGCCAACCCCAAGAGACCCCUCCCACCUUAUAGCCUCAGAGAUGAUUCAGCUGAGAAUGAAGCUAGAAGAAAAACGCAGAGCCAUUGAGGCCCAGAAGAAGAAGGUGGAAGCAGCUUUUACCCGCCAUCGCCAGAGGAUGGGCAGAACAGCCUUUCUGAAUGUAGUGAAAAGAAAAGGAGUCACUUCUCCCCUCAGCUCAAGCUCAGGGGGAGCAGAAACCCCCUCCCCAGAGGUACUCACAUCCUCUAAGGAAACUAGCCAGGGCAGCAUAGAGCGGGCAGAGAGAUGCAAACCAGAUGGAGCUGCCCCCAAAUCUCCCUGUGAGGAUGGUGGAGGUGUGGCUCCAGGAGAAAUCGACCUUGCAGAAUACACACGCUCCAUUGAGAGGCUGAACACGUCACUGGGCUUCCUGCAGACAGAGAUGCAGCGUUUGGCCCAGCAGCAGGAGAAGAUCAUGGCCAUGAGAGAGCAGCAGCAGCAAGCCUGGGUCAUUCCUCCACCUGCUCCAUCUCCACACAGGCAGCUCCGUGAGUUGCGUAGCAGUAGUGUAACAGGCCGGGGAUCAGGCCAAGGCUCUGUGGGGUCGCUGUCCCCCAUCCUGUCUUCGUCCGGGUCUCCUCGUGACCCCAAUCACUCCCCUGCUGGCAUCAAGCGGAGACCAGCCUCCUUCCAUGCCAGGACACCUCGGACUCCACGACCAAAUGACCUGAAGGUCACUCCCUUCAGCCGAAUGCUAAACACCCCGACCUCAGUGGACAGCCUACCCAGACUGAGACGUUUCACCACCAGUCAAACCCAGCUCAGCUCUUUUGCCUACUUGAGUCAUGAUGAGGGGCCUGGGGAAAACAAGAACCAAGAGGCCAAGAACAACAAAGAAAAGAGUAAAGACAAAGAAGAGACAGUGGCAAAGAAGAGUGCUGGCACUCCUCAGCCUCCCACUAAAGAAGCAGCAAAAGAGAAGGAUUAUCAGCAGCGACAGGGGGAGAGGAGAGAGGCAGAGCAGGCUCAGUCGAAGGCUGAAGUCAAACAGUCAAGGACAUCACAGAUGUUGUGUCAGCCAGUGUCUGAGAUCCAAGGGCCCACUGGCAGCAGGCUCAAAGGAGACCCCCAGGACAGGAGAGACUUGGUGGAGGUGCCUCUGUCUGGGUUUAAGCCUCCAGAUGGUGGCAGUGAGGAGACAACUAUAGAAGAAGAAGCUGGAGGUGACACUUGUGGAGAAGACCAAAAGAUGUGCUGUGGAUUCUUCUUCAAGGAUGAUGUGAAAGGGGAAGAGGACAUGGCAGCAAAGAAAGCAGCGCUGCUAGAGAAGAGGCUGAGAAGGGAGAAGGAGGCUCAGGAAAGGAAACAACAGCAGGAGCUCGACCAGGAGCAUAAGAGAGAAGCUGCACGGUUGAAAGCAGAGGAGGAGCAGCAGAAGAAGGAUGAAGAAAAAGCGAGGAAGGAAUACAUCAGGAAUGAGUAUUUGAGGAGGAAGCAGCUCAAGCUGAUGGAGGACAUGAAUGAAGUCAUCAAGCCUCGAUCUGGAAGUCUCAAGAAGAAGCCACGUCCCAAGUCCAUCCACAGGGACCUCACAGAGUUGUCUACUCCUCCUGUCAGAGCAACAGGGGUGCAUCCUCGAGGCUUCUCAGUAUCUAGUGUUUCUUUGGCAUCGCUCAGUCUUGCUGACAAUGACAGAGACCAGCCAAAUAACAGGAAGAACAACAGGCCAGACUCUGCAGAAGGCUUUUCUUCUUGUCCUUCGGCUGGUAGUCGUAACGGAGAGAAGGACUGGGAAAAUGAUUCUACUACCUCCUCCACUCCCUCCAACACUGAAUACACAGGACCCAAACUAUACAAGGAGCCCAGCGCCAAGUCUAACAAACACAUCAUCCAGAAUGCCCUGGCUCACUGUUGCCUCGCUGGCAAGGUCAACGAAGGGCAGAAAAACAAGAUACUUGAUGAAAUGGAAAAAUCUGAAGCCAAUAACUUCCUCGUGUUGUUCCGUGAUGCCGGAUGCCAGUUCAGGUCUGUGUAUACUUACUGUCCCGAGACCGAGGAGAUCACCAAGCUGGCUGGCAUCGGGCCAAGAAGCAUCAAGACUAAGAUGAUUGAGGGCCUGUAUAAGUACAACUCAGACAGGAAGCAGUUCAGCCAGAUCCCAGCCAAAACCAUGUCCGCCAGUGUGGAUGCCAUCACCAUUGCCAGCCAUUUAUGGCAGACUAAGAAGCAGGGGACACCCAAAAAACUCCAGCCUAAGUAGUGCCAGAUGGUCAUGCAACAUUUGGACAGGCUUCUCUGGAAUGAAUACAGACAAAUUAAUGGAUUUUACUUUUGUAUUAAAGGGAUACAAGGUCUCCCUGGUAAAAACUACAACUGGAAUGUUGAACACAAGUUGGCCUCACAGAUGUUGUUGUUACAGUACAGAGCUGACUGUUACGCUCUGGACUACUUAAAUGAGGCACAAGUGUGUACUUGUCAGCAUGUAAAUCUAUGUUUUUGUGUGCCAAAAAAAAAAGAAGAAGAUAAAAGGUGGACCAAUGCCUUACCUAGGUGAACCACUGAAGCACUGAAUGUCACUCCUCUAAAAGAGGCAGUUUGGUUUCUCUUUGUUGAUCAUGUGUGGCCUUAUGCUUGUUUUGUGUCAUAUGGAUGUGCUGUGAGUGUUGGUGUCAUUUUGUCAGCAACUGUUGAAAAAGUCUGUUGUGGUAUAGGAGAGGUUGUGCAUACACAGGUCUGGGGUCAGAUUACACUCCCUCCAGGUAUGUUUAAAGGGUGGUCUGUCUGAUCUGUGAUCAGGUAGAAGCAGCAUUUUUAUGAGUUUUGCUGCUAUACAGGCAUGUUUUUUUUAUGACUGAAAAACCUAUAAACAGUUCAAAUUUGUGUAUGUGUGCGUAUAGUGAAGUGCCAAGAAGAGUGAGGAAAAUACCUCAUCUGGUGAUUGCAGUUACUUUCCAAAAGUGUGUAGUUGUGAAACAAAUGUAGUAUCAUCGAACAGCUCUGGAAAGCACCUGCAAUAGAUUCUUAAUUUAUUUCAUUUUGAUAAUGCUUUGAAGAUAUUUUAAACAAAACCAUCUCAGAUUUUACUCAAGAAACAUAAUAUACGAUACAUAUGUAAGUUAAAUUACUUUGUAUAUAAUGGCAGUUUCAUUCCAAAUGAACAAGUCACCCUGUAGUAGCUUUUGAGUAGCUUUUAUAAUUUAUCAUGUUUGUGUAUCUGUAUGUUGUCUUUUGGGGCCUUUUAUUGUGCUACUAAUGCAAAGAGUGUGAUCACUCAACACUGAUAAAACUAUCAUUAGUAGUAGAACAGACAGAAAACCCACACUGUGUCAUCAGUCUGUGAUUUAGAGUAAAAUAGAGUAAUUUGAAGAGUCUUCAUGGAUCAUGCAGCAGUAGGAACCACUGACUGUAUAUAGGAUGGACAGCUCCCAGAAGUGAAGCCACCUGGUGGCUGGUUGCAGUAUAGGUCAUAAA